GAAGAGCGCUGUUGAAAUCUGAUUGGAUCAUGUAAGAAGGUACCGAUUAAAAGAAACACGUGGUAGAUUUGAAAGAGCAAGAGAUGUGAGAUCAGCGGUGGAGAUGAGUUCAUUUAGGGGCAAGAGCACUACGUCACGGUACAAAAUAGAGGACUACCUGUUUUCUGCUCUACCCGGGACGAUAUCGGGCAGCUGCCCGUGGCAACCCAAAAUGGAGUUCCUUCACAUACCCAAACCUUCUUCAGUUUAAAUGCCUCCCUCUGUAGAGCGCGCGACUGUCUUUUUCUAUUUCAUUUUCGUAUUCGAUUUUGCGUUGAUUUCUUUCUUUCUUUCGUUCUAUUUUUUUUUCUUUUUAGGAAAAAAAACGAUAAUUAGGAAUAAAAGUUUUAUCUUUUGAUAUUAUCAUUGAUUUUUAUGAUAAUAAUGGUGUGUUUCUAGUUCUUGUUAUGGCGGAGAUCUGUUACGGAGUUGUGAGCGAAGGCGAAGCAUCAAUACCGUGCGAGCCGAGUUCACGUGCAGCAAGGAGGCGUAGGAUGGAGAUUAGACGAAUUAAAAUCGUCGACGUGGCUCCAUCUGAAGCUGACAACGGCCGGAAACGCAAGAACCUGCAAGCUUACGGAGCAUCAUUUUCUCUGGACUGUGAAAACGCUGUAGAAAAUUGUGCCUCCGAUGAGGACGGAAAAAAGCGAACUGUUAAACCUAAAAAUGGAAGACUAAAAACGAAAGGAACAAUAAUGAAAAGUAACUCGAGUCCCUCGCUUUUGAUACCUGAAAUCGAUUCAGAGUUACAUCCUAAAUUCGGUGUCGCUUCGGUUUGUGGUAGGAGAAGAGACAUGGAAGACGCCGUCGCUAUUCAUCCUUCUUUCCAUCGUCAAGGCCAGGACUCUGCCGCCAUUGGCUUCCACUAUUUUGGCGUCUAUGAUGGUCACGGUUGCUCUCAUGUGGCGAUGAGGUGCAGAGAGCGUUUACAUGAGCUGGUGAAAGAAGAGUUGGCCAGUGAGGAGGAAUGGGAAGGUGCUAUGGAGCGUAGCUUCACGCGCAUGGAUAAGGAAGUGAUAAAGUGGAACGAGAGCGUGGAUGGUGCUAAUUGCCGAUGCGAGUUACAGUCACCCGAGUGUGAUACGGUUGGAUCUACAGCUGUUGUCGCUAUCGUAACGCCUGAUAAAGUUGUUGUUGCUAACUGUGGUGAUUCGAGAGCUGUUUUGUGUCGUAACGGCAGGCCUGUUCCUUUAUCGUCCGAUCAUAAGCCGGAUCGUCCGGAUGAGCUGAACCGGAUCCAAGAAGCGGGAGGUCGGGUCAUUUUCUGGGAUGGUCCUCGAGUUCUGGGAGUCCUCGCGAUGUCAAGAGCCAUUGGUGAUAACUACUUGAAACCCUACGUGAGCUGUGAGCCGGAGGUUACAGUUACUGAUCGAACGGCAGCGGACGAAUGUUUGAUUCUGGCGAGUGACGGUUUAUGGGACGUGGUAUCAAAUGAUACUGCAUGCGGGGUGGCGCGCAUGUGUUUGAGGGGAAAGUGUGAUGUACAGGCGCCGCUAUUGUCACCGGAAGGAGAGGCGGUUGUAGGGUCGAUGAUGGGAGGAGAGAUCCCGGACAAGGCGUGCGCUGAUGCGUCCAUGUUGUUGACAAAGCUGGCGUUGGCCAGGCAUAGUACGGACAAUGUUAGCGUAGUCGUGGUGGAUCUAAGGAGAGCCACGUAAUAGGCAUCCGAAAAUUCAAUGUUUUUCUCUCUCUAAUUCUCUUUUUAGUUGGUCGGGACUUGGUAGUGAAAACUGAAAAAAAAAGUUGGGGGUAUUUUCUUUGUUUAGAUUUAAGUUUAGCCCUUUUUUAAGGAGAAGAGAGAGAGAGGGCUGAAAAUAGUGGGGUGAAUGUUGAAAAAAAAUUUAAACACAAAAAUACUAGUAAAAUGAAAACGUUAGAUCAGUUUUCUUGCUUCAUUUUCAAGAAAUCAAAAUCUUUUAGCUGACAGAAAAAUGUAUAUGUUCUAUUAAUAAUUUUUAAAUAAUGAUUUGAUUUAUUCA